CGGAUCUGUAACAGCAGCGGCUUUCGCGCGGCCGCUGGCUGCGGCAGAACGCAAUUCGCCUAGCCGGAGUCACAUCAUGAUGCUCGCCUACUACUCGCUCGAGUCGCCGCUGACCUCGGUCGUCAAGCGCGCCGCCGAAGACCUCCGCCGGGGCACCAAGCGCCCGCGCCAAGGCAUCGAGUCGACGCCCUUUCCUGGCGACGCGUCGCCGCAGAAGAAGCAGAAGACCCAGCACGUGGUUGAGCCCGUCGUCGUCGCUGCGCCCGCCGCCGACGAGCUUGACAUCGACGUCGAUGAGGCCGCCGAUCGCUUCCACCCGCAGAUCCUCGGCCGCUACUACGAUUUCGACAAGACGCGCUCCAACCUCAAAGUGUUUUCGUGCCGGCCAUGGAACAACAAGGUGCCAGCCAAAGGCCGCUUCAAUGUCACGACGCGCCGCCCGACGUACCGCCCUAAGCGCUACCCGCUUGUCGCCUGGACACUCCCGACCUUCCCGCUCGUCUCCGCCGGUAGACACGAGCUGUAGGUCGCGUGUACCCAUGUAAUUUAUAUUUGCUAAGUUAUCAUUUGCAC